CACAAAAACAUCCCAAAAUCUCAAACUCUGUCACCAGGACAGAGCGCGAACCCAACGCAAUUCCGGCCGUUUUUYCCAGGAUUCCGGACGUGCGUGCUGACCGACAGCUGGGUGGACGACAGCGCCGGGCGCUCGGGUUCGGCCGCGCUCCUGCAGCGGCUGCGGCGUCACUUCGAUCUGGUGCUGGAAUCCCGGCRGCUCGGGAUGCACAAACCUGAUCCGAGGGUGUACGGCCACGCCCUGCGGGAGAUGAGGGCGACCGCGCAGGAGGCGAUUUUCCUGGAUGAUCUCGGAGAGAACCUGAAGCCGGCGCGGGAUCUGGGAAUGGCCACGAUCCUGGUCCGCGAUCCCGACUCAGCGCUCCGCCAGCUCCAGGAGCUCUCCGGUGUCCAGCUCCUGGGCGUGGAGGAGCCACUGCCGGAGCCAUGUGAUCCCUCCCAGGUCACGCACGGAUACGUCACCAUCCGGGUACGGAAUUCCGGGAAUCAGGGGUUGGAAGCUGCAGGAGGUGGCAAAAAAAAUCCCCCCAAAAAAUCAGGGAAUGGGGGAUUUUUCCAUCUCAAAAAUCGUUGGAUGUUCCAUGGGGUUGGAAGCUGCAGGAGGUGGCAAAAAAAUAAAAAAAAACAAAAUCAGGGAAUGGGGAUUUUUCCAGGCUCCCAAAUCCUUGGAUAUUCAAUGGGGUUUGAAGCUGCAGGAGGUGGCAAAACAUCCCAAAAAUUCCAGGGAUUGGGAGAUUUUUCCAUCCCACAAAUCCUUGGAUGUUCCAUAGGAUUUGAAGCUGCAGGAGAUGCCAAAUUCCCAAAAUUCCAGGGAUUGGAGGAUUUUUCCAUCCCACAAAUCCUUGGAUGUUCCAUAGGAUUUGAAGCUGCAGGAGAUGCCAAAACAUUCCCAAAAAACAGGGAAUGGAGAUUUUUCCAGGCUCCUAAACCCUUGGRUAUUCCAUGGGGUUUGAAGCUGCAGGAAGUGCCAAAACAUCCCAAAAAAAAAUUCCAGGGAAUGGGGGAUUUUUCCAGCCCCACAAAUCCUUGAAUAUUCCCAGGGA